ACUUUUCUUAAAUACUUUCUUUUUCUUUCUCAAACAAACAGUCGACGUUGUGGUGUCGUGUGUGUUUAGCUGAGCGCGAUGGGGAAAAUCGAGUGGGCGAUGUGGGCCAAUGAGCAGGCUUUGGCUUCGGGGCUCAUUCUCCUUGCUGGAGGCAUCGUGGGGGUGGCUGGGCAGUUCAGAGGCUGGCAGUUUGCUGCUUAUUCAAUCGCAGCUGGAGUGUUUGUGUGUAUGCUUGAGUAUCCCAGAAGCAAGAGGUCCAAGGGCACGAGUGUGGGAAGAACAGGCCAGUACUGCUUCACUGUGUGUGUAAAAGCCUUCGGGCCGGUGACAAGGAACUACUAUGUCAGAGCAUUUUUGCAUGCUGCGAUCUGUGUACCUGGAGGAUUUUUGCUUGCUACAGUCCUUGGAUGUGUCUGCCUCGGUAUUGCCAGCCUCAUUUACCUUGUGGCUGCUAUCCGAGGCGAACACUGGGAGCCCAUUCUUCCAGUGAAGGAGGCUCGGAAGCCAGUUGCAGAAAGCAUGAAGGCUCCUCCUCAGAAUCCACCUCCACGACCUCCUCCAGAGAUGCGAAGGAAACGGGUAGAUGACCUUGAGAGCGCAGCAUAUGACAACCCUAUCCCUGUUACUGCCAACGAGUAAACAGUCCAACGCCCCAUCCUCUGAACGGCCUUACCUGCCUGCCUGCGAUCUUGUGUACAGUUAAUCCUAUGAAAAUCAGUCACAGGGAGACAUCACCAGAUUCUGGAAAAAAUGACCAGUUUUCUAGUGAAGCUAUUGACUGGACAACAUGUUGGGUCCACGCCUUCAUACUCCAAGCUACAGAGAAAUACCUUGGAAGGGGAGAACAUAUAUCUUAACAAGAACCAAGAACGUACAGUAGGAUGGUUAAAGUGAUUUGCCUUUGAACAAAAUAAUAUGUCAAGGAAGAUAAAUGUAAAUGCUAUAGCUGCUAUUGUCAAGUCAUAAAAAUUGCACAUUUGUAUUUUUACUGCUGUGAUAAAAGUGCAAACCCGUACCUGUUUUCUGCUCUGACCACCAUACAUUUUAAAGGGUGUUGUAUCUCUUGUGUUGUGUUUCCACCAUAGAGUGUACAAUAUAUUGUAUGUACUGUACUUAUACACUAUGUAUUUAUGUAUUUCCUGAAGCCAACUGAUCACAACACUGUAGGACUAUAUGGCACUGUUUUCUAGAAUUAAAUUGAUAUUAUCAAUGUAUUAAUAUUUUUUCUGUACUCUGAUGUCUUGUAAAUAAAUUAUCUGUGCUACAUGA